GACCAAUGCUCGUUUAUUGAUAAUGUCUACUUAUUCGGCGGGAUUAUCAGCGUUUCAUUCCCGUUUUCGCUUAACACGUUCCUGACACAAUCAGUGUAUAUUCCUACUACCGGUAGCACCAUACUUCAGUCUGAAAGAGAGAAAGAAAGAAAAAGGAAGAGUGAGAAUAACAUCACCGACAAGAUGACAUCGAUGAAAUUAUCGGCGAGUUCGCAAUGCAUCAAAUACCUUAUGUUUAUCUUCAAUUUAUUCUUCGUGAUGACAGGAAUAGUAUUGUUAAGCUUAGGUCUGACUAUUCAUGCGAUCUAUUUCAACUACGUUCAUUUUCUUGACAAUAAAUUCUUGUCGAUUCCAUCGUUGAUGAUAGCAGUUGGUAUUAUUAUCUUCUUCAUUGCUUUCUUCGGAUGUUGUGGCGCCGUACGGGAGAAUUAUUGCAUGUUAAUUAUCUUCACGACUCUCUUAAUAUUCAUUUUCAUACUCGAAUUCUCUGGUGGCAUUGCUGGUUACGUUUUAAGAUCACAAGCAGGCGAAGUUAUAAAAGAGAAGAUGACAAAUACUAUGCAACUAUAUAACACGAGUAAUGAGAUUGCUGGGUUGUGGGACGAAAUACAAACUGAGUUCGAAUGUUGCGGUGUUACGAACAUGACCGAUUGGGAGAUUUUAUUUGAUAAUAGUGAUCUUCCAAUGUCUUGCUGUCGUCCUCAACAGGGUAAGAUCGGUAUCAGCGUUUGUAACAUCACCGUAAAUUAUGUUUAUCCCGAUGGAUGUCUAAGCAAGUUCCAGCAAUACAUUAAGUCACACGCUGUGCAGCUAGGUGGUGUCGCCCUUGGUAUUGCGACCAUUCAGUUGACGGGUGUGAUGAUAAUAUCGGUUGGCUCGACGAUCUAUGCCGUUUAUGAAGAUUUCUCCCAUUUCUUGGAUCCCAGAUACUUUUCACCAGCCACGCUCUUGAUCGUAGUUGGUAUAUUAGUUUUCAUAAUUGCUUUCUUUGGAUGUUGCGGUGCUCUUCGAGAAAGUACUUGCAUGGUUCUCGUGUUUGCAGUAUCUUUAUCCGUUGUUUUGAUAAUGGAAUUGUCUGCUGCGACCGCAGCGUACGCCUUACAGGACACCGUAAAAGAUCUUUUGGAAGAGAAAAUCAACAAUACGAUGCACGAAUACGAUAAGAAUACCGAGAUUAAAAGUGCUGUUAAUUUCAUGCAAUCCAGAUUACGUUGCUGUGGUUAUGUAGAUAUGUCCAACUGGUAUGACAUUGAAUUUACAAAAGAAAACGACAUGGGUAUACCUAAUUCCUGCUGCGAUCUUCUAGGAAAGGAUGACAAUAAUAAGACUAUUUGUAACAAUCCUUAUGUAAUAGGCUGCAUGAGUAGACUUUCCAUCAUAGUUCAUCGCAGUGCACUUUACAUUGGUACAGGAGCUGUGGCUAUUGCUCUUAUUCAGUUGACUGGAAUAGUAUUCGCAUGUAUGUUGGGCAGAGCUAUCAGACGACAAAAGACGGAAAGAGAAAGGCGUAAAUGGGAAUUGAGAGAAAGUAUUGUGAACGGUUAUCAACCACUUGGAAAGACAGAUCCACUGACAACUUUCCCUGUUGUAUACAUGCAGUCUCAGGACUACCCAUUGAAAGGCAAUACAAACUGGUAGUUCUAUGAUUUCCAUUCGAUGUGAAAAAUGUGAAAUAUAUUAUUUUUGUGCCAUUGCAGAGGUAUAUCAAAAGUACGAUCCUUGAUGAUCGCUCCUCGAUUUUAUCCUACAAAAUAAAGAAGUCAGUAUUUUCUAUCA